AAGAUAACAAACACAACAUUGUGCAGUUCAAUUAAUAUUCGUAUAAAUACGUGGGCUCGAGGUGCACAAAUAACCAGAGCAGCGAAAUCAUGCAGUGCAAUUGGAGGCAGAACUGGAUGCUAUGGCUGACAGCGUUGCUGCUGUUGUUGCUGUUGCAACUCGACGAAUCCGUGGCAGCGGCAAAGAGUCAAAAACGCCGCAGACACAAGGCACACCAUGUGAAGUUGGAGCGACAUGAUCACGAACACCACGAGAAAUCGCUGUCGAAUCUGCAGUUUGAAAUGUUGGCACUACGCACAAAACUAAAACUGAAAUCAAACGAGACCGUUUCCCAAAGCCAAUCGACGACGUCAGUGAAUGGAGUGAGCACCCCUCGAGUGCCGCUGGGCAAUGCGUAUAAUACGGAAUACUUUGGCACGAUACAGAUUGGCAGUCAACAGACAUUCAAGGUGCUCUUCGACACGGCCUCAUCGAAUCUGUGGGUGCCAUCGGUAAAAUGUCCGACAAACAAUUGCACCAACAUGGAGCGCUACAACUCGAGUUUGUCGAGCAGCUAUCAGGCAAAUGGCACCGCCUUUGAGAUACAAUAUGCAUCGCAUAACAAUCAGCCAACGAUACUCGAGGGAUUCCUCUCCACGGACACAGUGACAAUCGCUGGCCUCGCCAUUAAGGGGCAAACAUUUGCCGAGAUUACCUCACUGCCAUCGGGUGUGUUUAGUCGUGCCAACUUCGAUGGCAUCUUUGGUCUGGGCUUCCAGGAAAUCUCCAUCGAUGAUGUGACGCCGCCGAUGUACAAACUGGUUGAACAGGAUUUGAUCACACAGCCAACAUUCUCAAUAUAUUUGAAUCGCAAUAAUACGGGCACAAUCGAUCCCAGUGGCGGCAAACUCUUGCUGGGUCCAAGUGAUCCCACAUUGUACAGUGGCUGUCUCACUUAUGUGCCACUCUCUGUGGUCGGUUAUUGGCAAUUCACUACCGGCAGCAUUCAGCUAGGCGAAAGCAGCAACAACAAGCUUUGCAGCAAUUGCGAGACGAUUCUCGAUGUGGGCACCUCAUUGAUUGUGGCCCCGUUGCCAGCGUUGAAGCGAAUCAAUGCUUUGCUCGGCAUCACCGAGGCGGAUAAACGUGAUGGUGUCUAUACCAUUGACUGCACUCGGAUUCCCAGCUUGCCCAGUCUAACACUCAACAUUGGACGCCACGAUUUCACCCUGAAGGCAUCCGACUAUGUGGUCCAAUACAAGAGCACCUGUGUCUCUGGUUUCACCAGCCUCGAUGAUGGCAGCACCGAGUUGUCUGACGAUCGUGGCACCGACUACAGCACACUUUGGGUAUUGGGCGAUGUUUUCAUGGGUCCCUUUUACCUGGAGUUCGAUUUGGGUUACAAACGCAUUGGCAUUGCGCCCAAGAUAUAAAAAAGAUAUUAUCGAUCCAUUGCAUAGCACAAUUCUCCAAUAGCUAAUUUACCUUCUUUCUUUACACAAAAAUGUCAAUAAUAAAUAAAAUACAAAAUAUCUAAAUACCAAA